UUGCAGGGCAAUGCAAUUGGAAAGUGUCCACGAAGCAAACUUUUCCGCGGCUACAUUGACCUUGAGCUGCAAUUACGUGAAUUCGAUCGGUGCAGGAUAUUAUACGGCAAAUUUCUGGAAUUCGCUCCGGAAAAUAGCAGUACGUGGAUUAAGUUCGCGGAAAUGGAGACAAUUUUAGGUGAUGUUGAGCGCGCCCGCGCAAUUCUUGCUCUGGCCGUGAAGCAACCUGCCUUGGAUAUGCCGGAAGUUUUAUGGAAAGCCUUCAUUGAUUUCGAGAUCGGUCAAGAAGAAUAUCACCGGGCACGUCAGCUUUACGAAAGCCUUCUGGAUCGAACCAAUCACGUCAAGGUUUGGAUAAGCUUAGCAGAAUUUGAAAUGAAAAUGCGUAAUGUACAAGCGGCACGCGAAGUAUACGAACGAGCAAAUAGGACAUUAACGAACAAGGAGAAGGAAGCAAAAGUGUUACUGCUGGAGUCGUGGAUGCAGUUUGAAACCAAGCACGGCGAUGAAAAGUCCGUUGCUGCUGUUACGCGUUUAAUGCCAAAGAAAGUGAAGAAGCGUCGUGAAAUUCUGAACGAGGAUGGCGUAGACGCUGGCUGGGAAGAAUACUUUGAUUACGUUUUCCCUGAUGAUCAAGCGUCAGUGGGAAGUUUGAAAUUGUUCGAAGCUGCUCGUCGCUGGAAACUUGCGCAGGCUGCUGCUAGUGCAGAAGUUGAGAGAGAUAUGGAUAGGAAUAUGAAUGAAGAAGAGGAAACCGAGAGAGAAAAGAAAGUUCGCGCGGGUGAUUCAGAUACCGAUAUAUCAUCAUCAUCGUCAUCAUCAUCAUCGACCUCAAGCAGCGAUUCCAGUUCCAGUUCCGGGUCGUCGGAUAGUGACUCAGAUCCCGAAAGGUAA